CAUCACAAUCAAUUCGACCAAAAUUCAUCACCAUCAUCACCGCACGCCAUCUCAAGGAUAGCAGCAUCCCCUCCACGCUAGGCUAGGCUGAGUGGCUCUCAGACCGGCAUAUACGCACCGCCUCGCCUGCCAUGAGACCGCAACCACGAGCGUCGAUGUCGUCGAGCGGCGUUGGCGGCGUCGGCGGCGUCGGCGUCAUUGCUCAGCAUCACAUUCGCAAGCCUCGCGCAUCAGCACCAGCAUCGACGGCGACGACGACGGCAGCAACAGCCACAUCAGCAUCACCGCAGAGCAGUAGCCUCAUCGUCGACCGGCCGAAACGCGGAGAUCAUCGCACUCAAAAAGCCAUCGAAGGGGAUGAGCAAGAAGCGCGAUAUCGACGCAAACCACGCCCUUCUGGCUCCGCGUCUCCGCAAACGCCAUCACGACGUCGUGUGCAGGUGCAGGUGCAGGUGCGCGUGAGCGAGAGGGAGAGGAAAAGGUCUCGCAGCGAGGAGAUCAGUGACGAAGAGGAGGAGGAGGAGGACGAGCAAGAGACCAAGCCACCCUCUGUGCUGGCCCCCGCCACUCUUUCUACGUCUGCGUCACCCUCGACCUCACCGCCCAAGCCUCGCUUCGUACGCAAGCGCGGAACAGUAGAGACGAUGCUGCGUUGGUGCUCUCCUCCCGGCUCGACCGCAGACAUAGACGAGGACAAUAUCAUUACGGGCGGGCGUGGGGCGAGGCGCACUUCCCAGCUGCUGGCACGCAUACAAGGAGAUGAGAGCAAGCCGACAGCGAGUGCGAAGUCGGCUCCUCUUCAGCGCAGAGCCAGCGAGCCAGCACGCAAGGCGGUCGACGCCAUGCCACCUCCCUCGCGCGUUACCAGAGGUAGAGUUUCCGCAUUGGCAGCCACCCCAUCAGCAUCGACGUCUUCAUCUGCGCACACGGCGACCAAGGUUAUUCGCGGACGAGCAUCAGCGCUAGCAUCGUCUUCUACUAUCCCGCAUCCUGCAUUGUCCUCCAGCCCUACCGCAACCGCACGCGCCCCCGCGGCGCCCGCACACUCACGUCGCGCCAGUCAACGAACCGUCUCUGCAAUUGCACCUCCUCCCCCCUCUACCUCGGAUUCCUCUGGCCUUUCCUCACCCCUCCUCGAGAUCACCGACAGUAGCGACGACGAGGCGCCCAGCUCGGAUCCAGUACCUACUGCCAGCACGAGUAGGGCAGUCGCUGCACCUACCGCCAAGAGCAUGGGCAAGAAGCGCGCAGCUCUUGUACCCAAGUGGAAGCGCAAGGUAUUCUUGACAGCCGGCCUCUACUCGCCCGAUUUCAAGAUUGACGGCUCCAACGGCGCCAUUAGGAAUGGUCGCCUUUCAGCUCGCGGCGUCCUCGAGCCCAUCAGCGAGCCCGCCUUUCCCGAACCAGUCCAUUUCGGUCGCGACCUCCUCACAGGCACGCGCGAGUUCUCCCUCCCCCCACCCCUCCUCGAGCAGUCUUCCGCCCUUCGCGCCCGCCUAGACGCCAAGCGCAAACCUCCCCCUUACAGGCAGAUCGACCGCAACAGGUACACUUCCCGUCCUAAGCUCAACGGCGAGCUGCCCCUCUGCCAGUGCGACCCGAGCUCCAACUGCGGGGACGACUGCCUGAAUCGCAUCUUGCAGUUCGUGUGCAAUCCAAAGGUGUGCCCGUGCGGGGAGCGCUGCACGAAUGUGAGCUUGGGCAAGAGGCCGCGCGCGAGGUGCGAUGUGGCUUGGUAUGGGGAGCGCGGCUUUGGGCUGAAGACGCUCGAUGCGAUCAAGGAGGGUGGGUUGGUGGACGAGUAUCGUGGCGAGGUCAUCAAUCUGGCCGAGGCGGCGAGGCGUGUGAAUGAGUACUACAAGGAUGCUGGCAACUUCUACUUCCUCGACUACGACGCCGCAGCCGGAGAGGUGCUGGACGGCGGGCUACGCGGCAACAUCACGCGCUUCGCCAAUCACUCGUGCAACCCAAACUGCUACAUUGAGAAGUGGCUGGUCUGCGGCACAGACGAGGAGCGCACGGCCGAGUUCCAGGUGGGGCUCUUCGCGCUGCGGGAUAUCGCACCAGGCGAGGAGUUGACGUACGACUAUGGGUGGUCAGCAUUCGCGAAUAUGGGCAAGCAACGCUGCUACUGUGGAGCGCCAAACUGCUGCGGCGUGCUCGGUGGGAAGAAG